GCUGGGUCCAAGGCCGCCGAGGCGUGCGCCGACGACACGAAGGGGCAGACGUGCUACAUCUGCACGCAGGCCCUACAUUGGAAAACGAAGGAGGGCCUCGUGCGCAUGUGUGCGUGCCGCGGGACGGCGGGCUUUGCGCACGUGUCGUGUUUGGCGGAGCAGGCGAAGAUUUUGAUGGAUGAGGCCGAGGAGAAUAAUUUGAGCGACAAGGUGCAGAGUGAGAGGUGGAACCGGUGGUACAAGUGCAGCCUGUGCGAGCAAGAAUACCACGGCGUCGUGCGGUGUGCGCUCGGAUGGGCGUGCUGGAAGACGUACGUGGGUCGGCCGGAGGUGGAUGUGGCUAGGCAAGUGGCGAUGACACUGCUUGGGACCGGUUUAGGCGAAGCAGGGCACCACGAGGACGCGUUGACCGUGAGAGAGGCCGAGUUGUCUAUGCUACGACGCCUUGGCGCUGACGAAAUCACAUUGCUCGUCGCGCAGAACAAUAUUGCAUGUACGUAUUCGUUGGUUGGGAGGCUUGAAGAGGCCUUGCACAUGCGGCGAGACAUAUACUUCAAACGUUUGAAGCUCCUUGGUGAGGAAGAUAGCUUGACCCUCAACGCAGCCAACAACUACGGGUUAGCUUUUCUUAAUCUACAACGCUUCGAAGAAGCCAAGCCGCCGUUGCGCAAAAUGCUGCCCGUGGCGCGGCGGGUUCUCGGAGAGAAUGACGAGAUCACGCUCAGGAUGAGGUGGUAUUCUGCAGCGGCGCUCUACCACGCCGACGGCGCCACGCUCGGAGAUCUCCGCGAGGCAGUGACGACGCUCGAGGAGACGGAACGAAUCGCACGGCGCGUUUUCGGCGGCGCACAUCCGCUCACGGUGGACAUUGAGCGCCAAUUGCGAGAUGCGCGAGCCGCGCUCCGCGCCCGCGAAGCAACGAGUAAAUAAGGUACAGACUCUUACCUCGAUAACACGAUAAGCAAUA